AUGGUGAACACCUUCAUUCUGUUGUUGAAGACUGAAGUUCCACCUCCUAUGGCUCUAGUUAUCCUGCAGAUUGUAGGUCAUUGUGAUGGGAUCAUUUGUCGAAGCACCCACGAACUUGCUGCUUUAUACAAUCCAUCAAAGGAAUUCAAUUUUCUUCCGAAGUCUUGCCUUCUCCCUCCACCGAAUGUAGCAUAUGGUUAUAAUGUUGGAUUUGGAUACGACUCUAAAGCUAAAGAUUACAAGGUUGUAAGAAUUGCAUGCUCCAUAUCACAUAGUGAUCAUCCUCCUAAUAGAGGAGAAGUAUACACCUUGAGUUCUAAUUCCUGGAGUGAAAUCAAAACUAAUUUCAAUACUCUACUUUACAGUACUCCUGGUUCAGGUCUGUACUUCAAGAGAGUUUAUUACUGGUAUGCAUUUAAGCAAGAACUCGAACAUCACAAGGAAUCCAUCGUUUCAUUUGAUAUGAGUGAAGAGUUAUUUCAUCAUACAUCACUUCCAGAUCAUUUAAGCGUCACAAAAGGAUGUCACAAUCACCUCGUAGCGUUGAAAGAAUCCAUUGCUCUCUUGUCCCACAACAGAUGUGAAGUGGCUAAAACUUUUGAAGUAUGGGGAAUGGAAGGCUUUGGUGCUGGUAAGGAGUUAUGCAUCAAGUACUUCAGCGUCGGACCUUUAGAAGGCAUUGAAUAUCCAUUGAUAUUUUGGGAAAGUGAUGAGUUUCUUGCUGGUACCUAUGAUUUAAGUGCAGUCUCCUACAACGUGUGCACCCAAACAUUCAACUAUCUUCCCAUUCAUGGUGCAGAAGAAGGAGAUCUACAAGCUGUUGUAUAUGUGAAUAGUAUUGUUUCCGUCAACCCAAGACAACAGUAA